UAAUAAAUAAACAUGUUUUAUUUUUGUGAUUAGAUAGAUAGAUAGAUAUCUAAUUACAAGAUUAUGAUACAUUGAAUUUACCUUCAUUUCCCAGUAUCCUCUUAGCUAGUUGAAAGACACGAUCUUGUUUAUCUAUGACAUGUGAAAAUGUAGUGUAACAGGAGUCAACAAACAUACAAUAUUAGAAUCAGUUAGACAGUAUUGAUCAAAAGUUUUCUAACUUCAGACAUCAUACAUUACUGGUCAUACCAGACCAAAUAAGGCUGUAGUGGCAAAAAUCUUGAGUGUAAUGAAAUAAACCAGGGUGUGUUUUAUUGCUUAUGAGUAUCACUUUUCAUUUGUAAGAGGAAGAAUGUGUUAUUUUGUCUUUCAAACAAAGGUCACACAGGGAGGCAUUAUAAUAAGCUAUAAAGUUUUACAGGGAAUCAGUGUAGGCUAUAAGGUAGAAACCUGAUAGAAUUUGAAGAAUAGAAUAGAAUAACAAAACCAAAAAUAAUUGAAAUAGAAUACAAUAAAACACAAUGUACGACAGAAUAGAAGACAAAUAUGUAACCUGUAUUAAUAUGAAUCAAACAACUUAAUUAUUCUGUUACAGAAGAAUAGAAUAGAAUAGAAUAGAAUAGAAUAGAAUAGAAUAUUUGCUUUAAUAAGUGAACGAUAAAAACUAACUGACGAUCACCAGUUGCUUUCUGUUUCUGCUUCGCGCGCGCAGCCGUGGUGUCGAGUGAGGAGUUAGGCAGCCCGCGAGCAACAGCCCGGCAAAAAGGAAACAUCACGUGGUGACACAUCUCUACGACUGACGUCACCGUCUCCAUCUCUAAGCAACCCCUCCAUCAGCACUCACGUCACCGGGCGCCCGAGCCGCGCUGUUGCCCGGCAACCCGUGCCUUGCGCUCGGGUCCGGCCUUGCCUUGCACCCAGCUCGGAGCUCUGACGCGUGUGUGACGUUAGUAAGGUGGGUAUCAAUUUGUUAUGGUGGCGGAGGGAGGAGGAGGAGAAGAAGGAGGAGGAGGAGGAGGAGGAGGAGUUCCCCCUCUGAGCACAGAAGCCCUCUGCUCGGCAUUCCGGCGGAGCGCAUAGGCACACACCGGCCGCAACCCAGUCCCGGGCCGAGAGAUACUUGUUGUGGAAAAAGUCCAAGUAAAGACGGAAGAAAAAAGUUGCUCCCCGCUCGUUUUCUACAAUUUUUCCCUUUUUAUUGUGUUAUUGAUACGUCGCUCUGGUUGUGGAAUGGUUUACGUUUCCUCUGACAGCUGUUUGAACUGUGAGAGAAGGUGGUUUAUGUCCGCUUUUUAAGCAGGUGCCAGCCUUAAACUAUCCCCGCGCUGUAACACCAGACAUGGUGAUAAUGUCAGAGAACAGUCGGGCGGCUCAGUCCAGCCCUGCCCAGGGGAGGCCACUUCAGGUCGGCUUCUACGAGAUCAUCCGCACCCUGGGGAAAGGAAACUUUGCAGUGGUGAAACUGGCCAAACAUAAAGUCACUAAAACACAGGUGGCCAUAAAGAUCAUUGACAAAACCAGACUGAACCCUUCCAAUCUGGAGAAAAUUUACAGAGAGGUGCAGAUAAUGAAGCUGCUAAACCACCCCCAUAUCAUCAAACUUUACCAGGUCAUGGAGACCAAAGACAUGUUGUACAUCGUAACAGAGUAUGCAAAGAACGGAGAGAUGUUUGACCACCUGACCUCAAAUGGCCGUAUGAGUGAAGAUGAGGCACGAAAGAAGUUUUGGCAGAUUCUUACAGCAGUGGACUACUGCCAUCGACACCACAUCGUACACCGUGACCUAAAAACCGAAAACCUGUUGCUGGAUGCCAACAUGAACAUCAAGCUGGCUGACUUUGGAUUUGGAAACUUCUACAAUGCAGGGGAGCCUCUGUCGACAUGGUGUGGCAGCCCGCCUUACGCUGCCCCUGAAGUAUUUGAAGGGAAAGAGUAUGAGGGGCCUCAGCUAGACAUUUGGAGCCUUGGUGUGGUGCUUUAUGUUCUUGUCUGUGGCUCUCUUCCAUUUGACGGGCCCAGCCUUCCCGCGCUCAGACAAAGAGUCACCGAGGGACGCUUCAGAAUUCCCUUUUUCAUGUCCCAAGACUGUGAAAACCUGAUCCGCAAGAUGCUGGUGGUGGAUCCGGCCAAGAGGAUCAGCGUGGCCCAGAUCAAGCAGCACCGCUGGAUGCUGGCAGACCCGACAGCUGCCCACCAGACCCUCAGCCAUUCCCUGACAGAGUACAACUCCAACCUGGGGGACUACAGCGAACCUGUGCUGGGUAUUAUGAACACCCUGGGCAUUGACCGCCAGAGGACUAUCGAGUCUCUGCAGAGCAGCAGCUACAAUCACUUCUCUGCUAUCUACUACCUACUGCUGGAAAGAGUGAAAGAGCAUCGUACCCAGCAGCUGAGCCGCCAGUGUGGAACCUGGAGCCAGAGACCCAGGAGCACCUCCGACUCCAACGGCCCAGAGGUGAUCAUGGAGUCCACCGACAGCUUUAGAACUGCAGCAUUUUCAAUUCCACCCAAAAACCCUCCUCCAGUGUACCCAGAGAUGGAGUGUGAUCAAGGUGGAUUGUUCCAGCGUGUGGUGUUUCCAGUGGAGGCCAGCCUGAACAGACUGCUCUGGAACCGCUCAAUUUCACCCAACAGCCUGCUGGAGACGAGUAUCAGCGAGGAGGUGCGACCCAGGGACCUGGAGGAGGAGGAGGCAACACAAACUCUCGGACCCCUGCUCCCCUCCACCACCACCUCCCGCAGACACACUCUGGCAGAGGUGUCUGCCCGUUUCCACCAGUGCAACCCUCCAUGUAUUGUGGUCAGUCCCUCAGAUGGCGCCUCCUCUGACAGCUGUCUGAAGUCCUCAUCCAGUCCUACGCCCACUUUGCAGGCUGCUAUGGGCGACAUGUCAACACUUCUGGCCUCUGGGGCAGAAGGUGGAGCCCUGGUGCCUGCUGGAGCUCCCCUCGCCCUCUCCUCCCACCUCCUGCCCCAAGCACAGGGCAGCCUUCCUGCUGCUAGUUUCCAGGAGGGUCGUAGAGCCUCUGACACUUCCCUUACACAAGGCCUCAAAGCUUUCCGCCAGCAGCUGAGGAAAAACACACGCACUAAAGGACUUCUGGGAUUAAACAAGAUCAAGGGUCUGACGAGGCAGGUUGUCCCUCCACCCUCUUGUAACCGUGGCAGCCGUGGGUCACUGGGUCCAGCCCUCUCUGAGCACCGCAGCAUGUUGGAGGAGGUGCUGCACCAACAGCGGAUGCUACAGAUCCAGCACCAGCCCCAGCCUCAGGUCCAAGCUGCUCAGACAGGACCUGCCCAGAAUCCCUUGCUCUUCCUGUCCCAGCAGCAGUCAUCCUCUCCUCCACCUACUUCAGUAUUUGCUUCCUCCUCCUUGUUUGACACACCCACCCCCUCCGUCCUAAAGAGCAAGCCUCAGAACCCCCUUCCUCCUCAGCAAGCUUCAGUGGGUCUACAGCACGGCCCCUGGCAACAACCCCUCGAGACUUCCUCAUCCUGCUACUCUUCUACUCUGUCCCCCGUGGCCUCCGCUGCUUACCUUCUCGAGGCUCGUCUGCACAUCAGCCAGCAACCUCACCCUCACCUCAACACCGGCAUCCAACAGCAGCCGCAGACAGCGACACAAGGCGCCUUCAUGUCCAAACCAGUGAUGUGGAGCAUUGGCUCAGCCUCCAGCACAGAUCCUGACGUGCUGGAUUUGGGUCUGGCUGGACAGCAGCAGCUGAGCAGCUGUGUGAUGGUGAAAUAAAACGUUAACCAUCAAGACCAAUGAUUGUUCUCACUGUGGGAGAAGCUCAGAGCAAAAUGACUGUUGAGCCGAGAAGAAUAGAGAGCAGAAGCGAUGAGAACGAACAAAAAGCAGAUGCAAAGACAAAUUGACAUGUAAUUUAACAACAUGGGGUACACAUGUGCUUUUUAUAUCAUAUAAGCUAAAGACUAAGCAAUAACCAAACUCUGCACAAGGCGUUUAACUCGUAUCAAACAGCCAGAGAAGCAAUAAUAGACUGAAAAACUCUCAUCCAGCGCCCUGACGGGAUGUGCUCCCAGGGAAGUCAUGGACUCACUUGAAUGAAAUGAGAGCUGACGUUAGCCGAUACAGUUACGUCUCACGUGUUUUGAUGCUGACUAAGUUAUCAUUUCGAUUUUUUUUUUCAAUUGUUUUGAGAACAGGAAGACACCAUCUUCCUCAUUCUUUUUUAGUCACUUUUUGAUUUCCUGUUCUCAAUGUUGCUCACUUGACUGGAGAGAAGACCAAAAUCCUUUCUUUUUUCUUUCUUCAUUUUUCCCACUUUGUUCGCCUUUCUCAAGAGACGUUACUCGGUAGCAGUGCAAUGAACAUGCAGUAUAGUGCCCUAAGCUUAGAAACAUUCACUGAAGGUGUUGAUUUUCAUUUGUAUUGAAACUGUGACUUUUCUUUUUUUUUUUUGCUGUGCAAGAUUAUAGAUACGCAAAUGCUGCUUUUAAUCUUUUAAAAAGAUUGAGACAUCCUCAUCAGCCAAAACUGAAGGAAAAUAGUGUCUAGCUGAUUGAGUAAAGCACAACAGGUACAUCAGUCAGCUUGGUAGCACCUUAUGUAUGUGGAUACAUCAAUCCACAUUCCCUUCGUUUAAUAAGCACCU